UUAGAAUCCCAAUGUUCAAAAAUUGUUAGCCGUUUUGUUGGAUAUACGUCUGUCAACUUGUGCGGAAUUCGCCUUUUGUGUCGUAUUUAGAUAAAACCAUGAAAUUAUAUCUGAACUCUAUACAAAUGGUGAUUUGGUUCGGUAUCGCAGUUGCCUAUGAUUUAAACCUCAAGAAAAUCGACGACACCCUAAGAGAAAUGCAAGCAGAGACUGUAAAACUAGUUGAUAUUUGGUCGAAAGAAAUCGGCAUAACACUAAGCGAAUUAAGCAUGACUAUGACUAGGCAGAAAAAAAUCCAUGAGAGUUUCAAACCACUAGAAGAUCAUUUAUAUACUAUUGAUGGUGUAAUGCUUACCGCAGACGUUGCCUCAGAUGUACGAACUUUUAUGCAGGAUAAAGUAAACGCAGUGCGGGUAAGUUGUAUUUAUUUUCCCUUACAUGAAACAGGAUUCUUGAAGAAAAUGGAGUGUCAUUGGUGGUGUACACAAGUGAAUUUAACAAGUCUGAGCUAUAAUAUAUUUACUCCAGAUGAAUUAAAAAACUUGUUCGACAAACGUGAUACUUAUGAAAAUGAGGAUUUCUCUUGCGACUGUGAGAAUCUCAUGGAUAUUUUAAGAUCAAAUGUUUCCUACCAGAGUUUACCCAUGAAUUAUGAUAUCCAUUUUGACGAUAAAGUCAAUAUGAAAGUUAGUGCAGUAAAAGUUGCUACAAAUAUUUUUGAGCGAGAUAUGUCAGUGCUUGAAGGCAUUCGAUGGUCGGAAUCAUUAGAUCUAGUGUUCAAGAAAAAUGCUCUUAACGAUCCCGAUUUGGUCUGGCAAUAUUUUGCCAGUCCUGAUGGUUUCAUGCGUCACUAUCCAGCCGUAAAAUGGUCAGAAGAAAGAUACGAUCAAACGUAUGAUUUUAGAACUAGGUCCUGGUUUACCGAAGCUAUGACAUCGCCAAAAGAUAUAAUUAUACUACUGGACAGAUCAGGAUCCAUGAAGGGCAAAAAACGAGAACUAUCACAUCAGAUAGUCAAUGAUAUUUUAGAUACAUUAAACGACAACGAUUUCGUGAAUAUUUAUACGUUCAACAACGUUAGUGAACCGCUAGUGGAUUGUUUCAAUGAUACACUAUUUCAGGCAAACGAAGAAAACUUGAGGCUACUACGAGAAUAUUUACCAGUUUACGAAAUAAAGCGAGUUGCUAAUAUAUCUGCGGGAUUGGAGAAAGCAUUUGAAAUACUAGCGCAUUUCAGACGUACCAAUCUGAGUGCCAAUUGCAAUCAAGCCAUAAUGCUUAUCACGGAAGGGAUCGAUUACGAUUAUGAUGUUUCAAUGUUUAAUAAUUCCAAUUGGGCCAAAGAUUUUCCAGUACGAAUUUUUACGUACUUGCUUAGUACUGAAAAGGAAGACGAAAAGCAAAUGGAGUUUAUUGCCUGCUCAAAUAUGGGAUAUUACGUAAACAUGACCACAAAACCUGAUAUUAGAGAAAAAAUAUUGAAGUACUUAAAUGUCAUGUCUCGACCAAUCAAUUUUGAAUGUGAUGAUAAACAGAUCCCAAUAUGGAGUUACUUGUAUGUUGAUCUAGCUGAUAGAAGACUUUCUAAUUGGUUAUGGACAAAGUUUGAAGGUAUUCGACAACGCGAAGUCUUUCUGGAUCACGUAAAGAGGAGAAUUGAUCUACAACAGCUUAGACAUAACAGUUUAAAUCAUAUGCUUCUGCAAGAAACCCAUGAUUACGAAAAAUAUGAAGAGAAGAAAAACUAUAAAUAUAUGACAACAGUAUCUUUACCUGUUUAUGGCCGCAGAGAUAAUGAGUACAAGUUAACUGGAGUGGCUGGUAUUGACGUUCCAAUUUCAUUUUUCAGAGCAUUAAUUCCACAUGAUAAGAUUGGAGUUAAUGGAUAUGCAUUUAUAAUUACCAACAACGGAUAUAUAUUGAUGCACCCUGAACAUCGAACUGAGUUUGAAAAUAUACUAAAACCCACGUUCAAUAGGGUUGACAUUUUGGAAACUGAAAUUCUAGACGAUAACAAUGAACCUAGAAUAUUCGGGGCAGAAAUUGUCAAGCUACGCGAACGAAUGCUGGAAAGACAUGAUAAGCAAGCCACAUUAAAUAUUAAAUAUACUCUAGAUGAUAUGAAAAGAAUUAUACGUGCAACCAGGCAUUACUAUUAUACAGAAAUAGGGCCGUUUACGCUAUGUAUAGUUUUGCCAGAUGAGUAUGGACAUGUAAAAAUCAAUAAAGCUAACGCUUCAUCUCAUUUACAUAAUCCUCCUCCGGAGAUCAUUAUGGAUAACGACAAUUGGGCAGUACACCCUGAUUGGAUUUACUGCAAAAAUUGUCAUCGUUCAAAACGAACGCCACGCGAAAAAGUCGAGCAUGCAUAUUAUCAUCCAACUUAUCGAACUUCAUUAUAUAAUGAUUUGAUGUAUGACAUGAACAAAACAUCCUGGUUUCAAAACGAAAUUCCCAAUGAAAACCGGUUUAUUGAACCAUAUUAUGUUCAUAAGAUAUUCGUUUCAACUGGUUCAGGAUUAACAAGAUGGAAAACUUUCAAUAGUGACACAUAUCAAAAUAUUUAUGGAGAAGCUGAACCUGCAAAUGAUCGAUCUACUGACGAAGACUGGUAUCAAAGAACAGUGGAAGAAAACUUCAAAAAUGAAGAUAUGUUUAUUUAUUCUGUUCCAUUUGAGAUAUCAGGAUAUGAAAACAACACGAUGAUUAGAGGAACAAAAGCCAUAUUUGUGGAAAAAGAUCACGUUAAAACCCCGGUUGCUGUUGUUGGCUUAGAGUUUAACCACCAGGUUAUGUACAAGCUAUACAACAACAUCACAACAAAGCACAGAGGAGGAAAAAGAAACAGAAAAAUAACAUGCGAAUCAUCGUAUCUCAACUGCUUUAUUCUCGAUAACAAUGCAUAUAUUUUACUAAGUGAUGAAAUCGAAUACACUGGACGAUUUAUUGGAGAUAUUCGUCCUGACAUUAUGUAUUAUUUAGUACAGGAGAAUGUAUUUGAAUCUACAAGGAUGUUCGAUUACCAAGCAACAUGUCAAGUUGAACCACCCAAAUUGGCCGAUCCAGGAGAUUCCAGGUACUUCAAUAAGAAAAAGUCGACUAAAGAAGCGUUGAGAACAAACAGUUCGUCUAAAAAGAUGCCUUUUAUAAAGUCACUGCUUCUGAAUGCUAUAGAAGUAGGUAAAUGGCUUUUGAAAAUAUGGAUGUCGCAAUUGGGAUAUGCUGAUUCUGCUUUUGAAGACGUGGUAAAACAAGAAACCAAAAUUUUUGAAACUCUACAAGUGAGAAAGACAGUGCCUACACCAUGUGACCGAGAAAUGUGGCUAUUCACACUGAAAGAUCAAUUCGAACCCAGUCCCUACUAUAAUGUCAGCACAAAAUUUAGUUGCAAUUGGCCUUAUGUAGUACAGAAAAUUCCGAAUAGUAAUUUGGUAUUUCUGGCUAUAUUCGCUAAGUGCUCGAUGACGACAUCAAACUCUUAUAAUCUCACACCAGAACCAACCAAGAUUACUUACUACUCUCAGCAAGCGAAAGUUUCUUUGCCUUGCUAUAUUGCAACAAUGAAUAAUUAUACCCGAAAACCGUAUAUGAAAUGUUACAAAAGAGAUAAAAGG